GAAGAUGCCAAACCAGACGGAAGAAAUCAGUGGGUUCUUGUUAGCCAUUUUCAUGAUAGCUACACUAGAUCAACCUUCCUUGGAGCUAUGGCUCUACUUUUCCUUAGAAUGGUUUGUUCCCUGGUCUUGGGUAACUCUAACCCACAAGAGUUGCUUUGGACUCAGAGCAACAUGUGCCACCUCAAAGCCAAACCUCUUUUAAACUAAAAUGGGAAGGAAGCACUGCUUUCACCUUUGUGUAGACAAUUCCCCUCCCUAGCUUUCUGGGAAGCACUAGAAAACAAGGUACUUGCCUCUAAGGUUUUGUGCUUUUUUGGAGGAAAAAAAAAGAUUUGAAUCCAGAAAAACAAAGUAAACAACCAAAGAAGAACAUGUUCCAGCCAAACUGGAUUGCUAGCUGGACUCUGAACUUGACAUUCUAUCUCCUGUGUGGUACCCAAGCCCUCCUUCAUGCCUGGAAUGUGCUCCCACUUCAACUUUAUCUUUCAGAAUCUAUCUUUCUCCAAGGCUGAGGGCAGGUGCCAUCUCUUCUAAGAAACCCUCCUUGACCUCCCUCUCUUGGUUAUUGAUGCUCUUCCUUCUCAUACUUUUCUAAUUCACUUUUAAAUGUUGUAUUACAUUUAUCUUGUUAGAUCUGCACCCCCAUUAUUCCCAGCAGAAUGUAAACUUGAGAACAGAAACUGUUUACUCUUAGUCUUUGUAUCUCCAACACCUAACAGUGCUUGGGCUUAAUAAAUGCUUGUUAAAUUGAACUCAAACAGAGAAUAUUACAGUUAUGAGACACCAUUAGACAUAAAAUUUCAGAGCUGGAAAGGAUCUUAUGACAGAAUGUUAGAACUGAAAGCAAUCUUAAAUAGAGGACUGUCAGAACUAGAAGGGAUAUGAGAAAACAGAAUGUUACAAUGCUAAGCAUUAGAUCUAGAAAGGACUUUAGAACAGUCGGUCAUCAAUUCACUAUUUUAAAAUAUUCACACUGCCACAGCCCCACUGGUGAAGUCAACAUUUGGCUGGAAAGUUCUCUUGGGCUACCUACUGGGUGGUUUGGGGGAGUUCUGACUUGAUGCUAUCUGGGACUUUCUUAGCUCAACUAUUGCUCAGGGGAAAUGAUUCUGCUGAAGCCAGGAGGGGCUCCAGUAGAGGUUCUUAAAUAAUAUGACGUGGUUCCUAAAAUCUAUGACAAAUUUCUUUGGGUUUUUUUUUCAUCACAGGGAGGACUGGACUUUUUUCUUUCUUUUUUUAACUAUUGCAAUUCAAUGUCCAGGGGAUUUUUCCACCCAAAAGAGUAAUUUCUUACUCAUAUUCACUCUGGACCCCCUCCCCCAUGACAUUUCACUAUAGGCUAGGACUUAUCAAGAAGCUGAAAUAAAGAUACCAGUGUCUCACCUCACAAGAGAGAAGGUGGCAAGAAUCAUCUCUCCUCUAAGCACUUGCCUUCUUGCUCCCUGGGACUGGUAUGUCAGAGGAACUAUCUCCAUCUGUCAAGAGCUCCAAGAUGGCAGAAAACCUUACUGAUACUGCCCCUGUGGGACCCCACCUUAUCCCUGAUGAAAAUGAAUUCCCCUUUGGAUACCCUGCCAGCAUCUGCCAGGGUACUCCGGAACCCAAGUAUUUGUGCUGUGGCUGCCACAAUGUUCUGAAGAAGGCCCAGCAGACCCUAUGUGGCCACCGCUACUGUGCUGCCUGUCUCUCCUGGAUACUGAGGAUCAGCAAGAACCCAAUCUGUUCAAGAUGUCAGGAGGAGAAUCCACAGACUGUGGGUGAUGAAAGUUUUUUAUCUGAAGAGAAGGCUUUCAUUGAUGCUGCCAUUAAUAAGGAAAUCUCUGAGCUGAGUGUGCAUUGUGUGAUUUCUGGGUGUGGCUGGACUGGCCUCAUGAAGAAUUUUGAGACACAUGUAUGUGGAGGAGUCUCCUUGAAGGACCACAAGCAGACCAUGCCCGAGAUCGACACAGAAGAAAAGAACAGUUUGGUGCCAGCUGAGGACCAGGAUAGGUGUCCCUUUGCAGACAUUGGCUGUUCCUUCAAGGGUGGCCAGGAAAGGGUGAAGGAGCACGAGGCUUCCUCGCUGAGCGACCACCUGAGACGGCUGCUAGAGCUUGUGAUCCGCAGGAAGGUCCAGGCGGGGCCCAGCAGAGGGCGGGGGGCCUCCGGCCGCAGACAGGCUGCUGAGCCAGAGCCCAAGGCCCCGGAGAGGAACCUGUCCGACCUGCAGCUGCAGGGAGCCGUGGAGGUGAACGGGGACUUGGAGGCAGACUACUUCCACGCCGCCUCCUCGGACUCCGAGGAGGAGCUGGCCCUGCAGAGAUUCAUGAAAGAGAAGCUGCUCUCCGAGCUGGAGGAGAAGCUGCGCGUGUUUGAGAAUAUCGUGACCGUCCUGAACAAGGAGGUGGAGGCCUCCCACCUGGCCAUCGCCGCCUCCGUGCACCAGAGCGGGCUGACCCAGGACCUCAUCCUGAGCUUGGAGCAGAGGGUCGUGGAUUUGCAACAGACCCUGACCCAGAAAGACCUUGCCCUGACUAAGUUGGAGCAGACCCUCCAUCUUCUGGAGGAGGCUUCCUAUGAUGGCGUCUACCUUUGGAAAAUCACCAACUUUACCAGGAGAUGUCAUGAAUCUGCUUGUGGAAGGACAGUCAGUCUAUUCUCACCAGCUUUCUACACUGCCCGCUAUGGCUACAAAUUAUGCCUUCGGAUCUACCUGAAUGGAGAUGGGAUGGGAAAAGGGACACACCUUUCUCUCUUUAUUGUGGUCAUGAAAGGGAAAUAUGAUGCCCUCCUGGAGUGGCCUUUCCGGAACAAGGUUACAUUUAUGUUGCUGGACCAGAACAACAGAGAGCAUGUUACUGAUUCCUUUCAUCCAGACCUGACCUCAGGCUCCUUCCAGAAACCUCAGGGGGAAAGCAAUAUAGCCAGUGGCCGCCCUAUGUUCUUCCCACUGAAUAAACUACAGUCCUCUAAACAUGCCUAUGUGAAAGAUGACACACUCUUCCUCAAGUGUGUUAUAGAAACUAACUCAUAAAGCUGAGAUACAGAGCCCCAGCCAGACCCUAGGGGAAUGACAAGAAAACAUUUAGCAAGAAGUUCAUAUAAAGAAUUACUCUCACUGUUGGAAAGAACCAUAGGGGCCAUCUAGUCUUGCAUAGAGCUCUUUUUUUUUUUCCAUUCAAGACAAGUGGUUGUCUAGGCUCUGCCUGAACACUUCCAGUGAACAAGAACUCACUACUUCUAAUGAAUCAACCCAUUCUAUUGUUGGACAGCUCUGGUUACUCAGAAAUUCUUCCUUCAAUUUACUUCCCAGUGACUUACAAUCACUGUUCUUAGUUCUGCCCUCUAGAGCUACACAAAACAAGUUUACCACAUCUUAAAGAAGAAGAGAAUUUGGGCCAAGGCAAAGAGUCCAAAAACUUGAGUUCAAGCCCCAGUCACACCACCCACCAGCUAUGUGAUCAUGGGCAAAAAUAAUUGAACUUUUGAACUUCAGUUUAGUCACUUCAGAAUUCUCAUCACUCUGUCCUCCUCCUAUCACAUUUACCAUAAGAACCGUUUGGGAUCUAGUGAAGUGGCUACUACCAGGAGACCUUAGGAUGGAAGAGUCAUCCCCAAACCACCAUCAUCUCCAUUGAACUGUUCAAAUUCCCUACCUGUGUGUGCUCUUUUAAGCAACUAGCUGUUGCUUUAUGAUAUCUCUUUUUCCAGUGUUCUAUUUCCCUAAAUUGAUAUAUUCAGAAUAAGUAUUUAUUGAACACUUACUGGAGAAGAAGACUGGAGAAAAAAUCAAGGAAAGAGUAAGAUGAAACAUGAGUCCUUCCUGAAACAGUGGUCCCAGGGACAAUAGGGUAGUGGAAAAAGCAUUUCUCAAGAAGUAGGAAGACCUGGGUUCUAAUACCUACUUUGCCAAUUAUUAUUAUUAUUAUUGUGAAGUUUAUUGUUGUUAUUGUGAAGAAAAUGCUUUGUCAAUCCUAAAGUGUUAGAAAAAUGUGUUUUAAUUACAAUGAGGUUCCAAUUAGUACAAAUAAAAUGAAUCCAUGAAGUGGUUUCAUCAUUUGAAUUUAUGCUACAUAUUUCCACUAGUCUCCACCCAAAGACCAUAUUUUAACUUUGAAAUGUGAACAUACACAAUCACUUCAUGGGAUUCAGUUUACACUAAUUGGGACCUAGCUCUGCAUAUAACAGAUAAUCCAUUGAUAUAGAUGGUGGCUCAAACCAUGAGGUCUGGGAAUUUGGCAAGGCUGUGAUGAAGGGCAACUGGAAGGGGGAGAAGAAUGGAAAAAAGGAAGGAAGACUGAAAGGGGUGGAACCAAGCCCACAGGUGAAGUAGAGAAGAGCAAGGCAAAACUAUUCAUGAAAAUAAAAAAAUAAUGGAGGGGCCAAUUGGGGAGAAAGAAAAAGCCACUAGAGAUUAUCAGAAUUCAUUUAACCAAAGGAGAGUAACAAGCUGGGUACACCUAAGAAACUUUUCUGAUAAGGUAACUAUAACCCAUUGUCAUAAUAAUGUUUUUCAAAGUCACAUAAUAUAUAUUAUAGAUAUAUAUUGUUUUGCAAACCUUGAAGCACUACAGAAAAUCAACUGGUUUUUUAUUAUCAUUUUGUUUAAUGCCCAUGAAAUCUCUUUCAGCGAGAUUGGCCAGAGAUGAUUAUCCUCAUCUAAAAGGAGUAGAUACAACUCAAAGAGGUUGAGGGACACACCCAAUGUCAUGUACACUUGGUCUCUGUCCAAGCUGAAAAUUGAACACACUCCUAUCUUCUGCCUCUAAAUCCAAGGCUCUUCCCAUUACCAUAUGGACAGAUACUUGGAAAAAAAGUAGUUUGAUGGCAGGACCAUCUCUAAAAGCCAAAUCACACCUUGUAUACCAACCUUCCUCACCAAAUAUGUCCCAGUAAAAUCAGAUUAUAGCAAGUUCCAGGACAACCUAGAAACAGAGUCACUACAGGGUACUCUGAGGAGACCUUCUAAAUAGUUCUUUCUUAUUUCUUAUUUUACUUGAGGCAGAUCAGAUUUUAGCUGGAAGCACCCACAUCUCCACCACCUCCCUUCCUGUUUAUAUCAGGUAAGCAGGAAGCAAUUAUAGACAAUCUCCCCUUAUUGAUUAAAGGGGAAAUGGGGUAGCAUAUAGACUAUAUUCAAGUCUCAGAACUUUUUCAGCUAUAGCUGUUAGAAACCUCUUUUUUCUUUCUCCACCCUCUUAUUUGAUAUUUGCCUAAAUUAUAUCCAGGCCACUAUUAAUUAAGGGAAAGGAAGUCCACAAUAUAGCGCAAUUGCUUCAGUUCUCAAUAUUCCACAUUGCAUUCCAGAAGAUUAUGCCAACUUGCUUUUUUAUUUUAUAGUAGAGGUAGCACUUUCAUCCACAAUCAGAAAGGUCAAUACAAAAGCAGAAUAUUUUGGGGGGUUUUGAUUUUCUGGGAAAGAAACAAGUAAGCCAACUCACCAGUAGCAGUGGUUAAUUCAUAAGAUCAACUUUUUAGAAUCAUAAAUAGAAUUGGGGAGGGUUUUCAAAUUUCAAAGAUUUAAAUACCACCAGACCUUAGAACUAGGUAGUAACUUAAAGAUUAUACAGUCUACCCCAUCUAAAUUUACAAGUGGAUGGACUGCUGUCUCUAGAUGAUCUGGGAAUAUUGAUAUCAGAAUUACUCUUUAGAAUCCUUAGUCCUGGGGCUGACAUUGAGGGUCCUAAAUGAUAAUAAGAGCAAGGGCAGGAUGGUAGUAUUUCUAGCCCAAGAAAUGGUAAAGUCAGAGAAAUAAAGACAUGGCAUAUCACUUGGAAAGUUUGCCAACUCCUGUAACUAAAUGAACAGACUCUGGAGGGGGAAAAACGGGGAGAUGAGAAAGGGAGCUUCUUUUGUGCAAUU